AGUUGGUGCAGGAGGGUCGUGUGUGAGAGAACCUCAUUCAGCUCCAGCUUCGCCGGACGGAGAGCUGACAAACUUACGCCGUCUGUAGUAUUUGAGACACUCUUGACUCGUGCUUGUAAAAGAUUCUCCGAGAUCAGAGUUUAAGGGGUUAAGUUGGAGAGCUAGUGAGAGUUGGGGUGGGGGGUCUUCAGAUUCGGGCCUGUGGAAGUGUAUUUUCUUUUCCCCUGCUGCGCCCUUGUCUUUUUGACAGCUCUAGGGUUAUGAGUGAAGGAAGAUCAAAAGUCUUAAUCGUUCUGUCUUGCUGAGCAGUUUAGUUACUGUAGUGAAAUAUUGCCAUUGACGUAGCAACUUGACUGUGGGAGAAGAUAAAAGCAUCGUCAGUGGACGUGUAAUGCAGAGCAAAUUAUUACAUUGUAUUCGCACCAUGACUUCAAAUGGAAUUCAAACAACAUUGCUCAUCAUGUUGCUAUGCGGAGUAUCUGCAGGUCCUCUGGUGGGAAAUGAUUGUGUGCUUAGACCAGUGGAUGAAUCCCAUCCAGUUAAAACUUUGCUGGAGAGCUUUACUGUAUCAUCUGGCUGUGCAAGUGGAGGAACAACAGGUCUUCCUCAAGAGGUGCACAUUAUCAAUUUGAAAAGUACUGGAAUGGACCCCAACCACUAUGACAAAGGGAAAAGUAUUGGAGUAGACUCCAACAAUUAUGAUGAGGUGACAUUGAAUUUGAGACCCAUUUUCUCUGUUGAAGUCCAUCAGAAGCCUUUGGUAUUUGUGCUGAAUUCUCCCAGACCUGUGCUGUGGAUCGUAAAGGCAGAAAGACUGGCACCAGGAGUACAGCGUUUGUUCCAUGUUUCUAAGAAUUCUACUGUUCAGUUUCCAAUAGUAAACUUUACUUCAUCAAGAUCAUUGGAAGAACAUUCGCUGCCCCAAGACAGCAAACAUUUACUGCAGUGGACACAGACAAAAUAUGGAUCUGUGACUUCCUUCACUGAACUGAAUAAGGCGAAUAACAUUUACAUCAAAGUGGGUGAAGAUCCCUUGUUGCCACCAACUUGCAUCAUAGAAAAGAAUUUUCUAUCCCAGAAUUAUCUUGCAGCAUAUCUUAAGACCCAGUCUGCACAUGGUUGUUUACUACCCAACCCAACAGAAGGAAAGGAAGUUCAUCUCAUUGAACUUGAAUCACCAAGUUCAAGUCCUUACAGAAUUUUCAAGGUGGACAUUGUUAUUGACAUACGACCUGUGCAUGCAGACACUAUGAUUUCCAGAAACAUAUUGCUGAUCCUCAAAUGUGGGAAAGCAGUCAAUUGGGUAAUCAACACACAUGAAGUUAAUGGAAAGCUGGAAGUGAUUGUCUCCGAUAGGGACAGCAUCAACUUUAGUCGAGAAGCAUCUAUGACUGUGGUGAAAAAGAUGUCAUCUGAUCUGACAUCCACUCAGAUUGAUCUUCUGCGCUGGGCUCAAGAACGUGGUCACAGUCCAGUCACUUCAUAUACUAAAGCUUCAGUUGCAAACAGAGUUCACUUGAGGCUUCAGGAAGCUUAUGAAGAAGAGGACAUAGAAUCUUUUCUGCCACCAGAACUUGCAAUUCUGAGAGAGCCAUUGAAAUCACCUGAUGAGGUGUUUCCUGGACUUCGAGAAGUCUUUCAGUUUCCAUUUCCUUUUGACCAAGAUGAUUAUGACAGGAUGGACACAUCUCACAAACUGCCACAGAGAUCCCAGGAUAGCACAUUUGAACAAUUAAUGAGGAACGGAUUAUCUGAAGCAGAAGAGAUUCAGACCUUUGAAAAUGUGGCCCUGUCAGUUCAGUGUGAGGACAAAAGAAUGAGAGCUGUAAUUGAGAAGAGCAGCCUUCAGACUGAGACGACUACAGUAACACAAGUUUCUCUACUGGAUCCAAAAUGCAAAGCAGAGGAAAACUCUACACAUUACAUUUUGGAGUCUUCACUCACUAGCUGUGAGACAACUAAAUAUCCUACUUCAGAUGGUUUCACCAUUUAUUUGAACUCAAUUGUGAUACAGCUAGAGUAUUGCUGUGAAGGAAGUGGAUGGUUUGGUGAUAAUGAAGAAUCGGGAGACAAUGGCUUCCCUGGAGAUGGCGACGACCCAGUUCCGAACAGACCAAAAAUUGUUCGGUUUAACUGUACGUACUUCACGCCUAGUAAGAAGUCUGAGAUGCCAUCCCAUUCUGGCUUCCCUUCUUUGACACAAAGCAACAAUGCAACUUUGAACAUGGAGCUAUACAACACAGAUCUAUUCCGUACUCCAUCACAAGGCGUGCACACUGUUUCGGAGAAUAACCCAUUAUUUGUUGAGGUAUCUGUAACCAAAUCUGACCCAGAAAUUAGUUUUGUUAUCCAGACCUGCUAUAUUUCUCCAUCGUCGGACCCUGUUUCCUCUUCAGAUUACUACACCAUUAUUGAAAAUAUUUGUCCAAAGGAGGAUUCUGUGAAAUUCUACAGUCCUCAGAAGCUUGAUUUCCUUGUGCCUCAUGCAGAGAUGGAAAGAAAAAGGUUCAGCUUUGUGUUUAAGCCAGUCUACAACAUGUCCUUAGUUUUUCUUCAUUGUGAAAUUACACUAUGCAGCCAAAAAGAUACUGAAAGCCAAGGAUUUCCUAAUCUUCCUAAGUGCAUUCCUCCUGAUGAAGCUUGUAUAGAUGUGAAUUUGCAAAUAAUAAUGGCUAUGAUGAGAUACAAACAAUCCUUCACCAAGCCACUGGCUGUUAUUCGUGAAAGAAUGAAUCUGCCUAAGACACAAGUGAUUCCUGACAGCCAUGUUAAUGUAGAGAGACCACGGCCUUAUAUUAUUUAUGGUCUGGAUACCCCAACUGUUGUGGGAAUUGCAUUUGCAGCGUUUGUGAUUGGUGCACUUCUAACAGGAGCUUUGUGGUAUAUUUACUCCCACACAGGUGAAACAGCUAGAAGGCAACAAGUCCCCACAUCUCCUCCAGCAUCAGAAAACAGCAGCACUGCUCAUAGCAUUGGUAGCACACAAAGCACUCCCUGUUCCAGCAGUAGUACAGCCUAACCCAAAGGGAAAUAAUUGUGAGGAAAUGGAGUAUAAAGGCAAGAUUCAAAGUGGCUAAUUGUUGAUGUUAAUAUCCUGAAGAUAAAAGGAAGAUCUUCAGUUGCCUUCAAAAGCUCAGAUGUAUGUUCAAGGCAAGAAAUCAUCUAUGUUGCUUUAUACUUUAGGUAAACUGACUUUACUCGAGUGUAUAACACUAUAUGUGACAAAACUACUAAUUACCCUGAGUUGGGAACUUGCUAACCAUUUAUGGGUUCCUCAUGUGAAAUUUGUACCAGAAUCUUUCUCAGUGCUGCUUUAGUUCGAGAAUGCAGCUGUUUAAUUUUUCCUGGGAUUUAUGUAAACACCAGCAACUUGCUGAGUAUAGAAAUGACAAUGCCAAGCACUAAUUAAUUAAUAAGAAUCAGAAACAUAAUUUUCAUAAACAGAAACACUUUCAAUACAAAGCACAAUUAAACAUAUUCCAGAGAAACAUUUGUAAAUAAAUGUAUACAAAAAGUACCAAUUAGCCCCAAUUAUGAUAUUGUGCAAAUUGUGGCACCAGGUUUCCAACAAUAUUGACAGCUUUAAGGUUAUUGUACUUUUUGUGAAAUUGAACAAAAACUUAAAAUGAUGACCAACUCUAAGCUUUCUGCUGCUCCUCUCAGUGACUUGGACAUCUUUUUUAAAGAUAUAAAUUGAUUAUUUGACAGCAGUUAUUAUUUUAAGAGACAAAUGGGACAUUUUAAGCACACUCUGAAUUCCUUUAUUGGCGUUAUUUGUAUGUAUUUUUAAAAGCAGGUGUUCAUCAAUGAGACUGACUCGAAGUUGCCCUAUAUCAUGAAUGUUCAAUUUUGUGCAGCUCAGCAAACUGUGUUCUUCACGGUACUGAAUAUUGCAUACUGUACAGUUGAAUGUAUUUUACUUCCUGAAUUAAUAAUGUAUUCCUGUAUAUAAACAUUUAAAGAACUCUCUAGAGCAGAGUACAGAGUAUUUUAGUAACACAUAAGCUAUAUUUUUAUUGUAUUUUGAAUUUUUGUGCAAAUAUUCUAAGGACAAAAUCAGUGAUCCACACUGCCACUGGGGAGUUAAAGUAAUUGUGAAUCCAGAUUGGAUAAUCUGAGACAACUACAGCGCGGUCACUCGAUCUCUGAUCUGCACUCCUUAUUGAGGGUGGCUUUCCCACUAGCACUGCAGGAUUGCUGAAUUGACCCUUUGUUCUUAAAGUUACAUAAAUUAAGUUCAUCUAUCUGCAAAUGUGUAUUAAUUUUGCUAACUGUGAAUUUUCAUUGAAUUUUAUUAUGUACCUUUGCUACUUUGCCUCCAGCUUUUUACUUAUUCCCCUCAGAAGUUCUGAUUUAAGAUCAUUUGUUUAAUCAGUCAGUUUUAAUGAAAGUGAUUGUGAAGGCCCAUUUUUAUAGUUUGAUAAUAUGCUAAGGGCAUAUUUAAGGUAAUGUGCCUGAGUGGUAUAAGGCACUGGAUUUGGUUCCUGUCUGAUUAGAAGGCACUGCUGCCAAAGCACUUCAGUGACACCUUUGGGUCAACAACUGGCAGUUCUGAUUUAAUUGGGGCAAGUAUGUUGUUUCAUCAGGGCUCUUGGCGAGCAGUGGUAGCGUCUCUACUUCUGAGUCAGAGGAUCUAGAUUCAAGUCCCACCUAUCUAAGAGAUAUGUUCAAACAGGUUAAUCAAAAUAAAUAACUACAGGCAACAUCGGACUUAUUUUAAAAUUCUGUUACCAUGAAGUCUAUAACUUUACUUCUUUUCUCACCCCAUUGACAACUAAUGUGUGCACUUUCUCAAGGCUGGUAACUGAGGUUGCAUGUGUUUAGAAUUAGGCUCAAAGAUGUGGCUCCAAAGGUGAUUUAAAAUUUAAUUAAAUGUUAAGCUUUAAUUUUAAAGAAAUACCACCAGAAUAGUAUGCUUAAACUUCCUGUUGCACAUUCAUCAUUUCUGGAAAAAAAAAUCAAAUGACAAAAUGAUCAAUGCAGUCAGACACAGAUUCCUAUUAAGCAAUUAAUUUUUAUUCCCUUAUUCAGUUCAUUUCUGAGUAAACUGUCUAUGAAUAAGCAAUUUAGCACUUUAAUUCUCUUUAACUUUCCACACACCAGGGCAAUUUCACAAUUUACUAAUCUUCCUGUCUGUAUUAAACCCAUGCUAGCCAGUUGAAUAAAGGGUGUAAAGUUUUCAGAAACCUAAUUCGUACAUAUUACUAUUUUUUUCUCUAAUUUACAUAGUGAAGUAGCUGCUGGCAUGUCCUACUGACUAUUUUACAAAAAUACAGGUUUCUGGUAGCUUGAUAUUAGGUGAUAGUUACAGUUAACACUUUUUUUGGGCAGCUGUUACUAUAAUACUUUGCUUUCUCAUCUGUUUUCCAAAUUGAUUGGUGAAAUACCCUCUUGGGAUUAUUUUCUUUUUUCAUGACAUAAAUUUAAAAUAUUUGAGUUAGACUGACUGCCUCAAAAGUAGUGACAUUAUGCCUUUCACAUUAUGGUUUCAAAGUUCAUAUUAAUCUCCUUUUUAAGUUGCAUGUAAAAUCUUUUGUAUAGUAGAAUUAUAUGCAUGUACAGUAUAUAAAAAUACAUUUUGCCCUGACAGCAUAAUGAUGCAUAAAGAAAAUCAUUGAAUGUAAUGCCCUACAACGCCUUUUUUUUUGUCUUUUGCUUUCUCUCUCUGCCAUUGGCUCAAGAAUUCCAGUGAUUCUAACCAUUGCAUAAGAAAGAUUUCUGAGACAAACAAUAGCAGUUGAAUGACCAUAAACAUUAUGGUCGGUUCACUCUGACUUAGUGUGAACUUUGGCAGCUCUGCACUUCUAAAUUUCAGAGGGUGUACACCUUCUGCAACUUUGGGUGUUUGUAUUAUAUAUUACUGUUGGAUAAACAAUUCAUUUAAGAUUGUAAAUUUUCUGUUCUUAACACUUUGUUCAGCUUUAUCUUUAAAAUAUAUCUACCUCACCAUUUUACUAAAGGAACAAAGCCUGUACUGCUGGUUGUACCAUUUGACUUUUGUAAGUAAUUGCAGGUGGUGUCUGUGCCUACUUAAAGGAUUCUGUAUUCUGUCCAUGUCUAUUUUUCAUAUGCUGUUGUAAAGGGAUUUGUUGUAAAUUUUUCCAAAAAAGUAUGAUCUUUUGUUAUACUAUAUGAUUAUGUAAAAAUAAAGGUAUAUCAAUUCACA